AUGGCCUCAUGGAUUGGCCUUCUCCUUCUCCUCGGCACAUCAAUCGCCCAAUUUCGACCACCAACCUAUCAAUCUUGUGAUGGACAAAGGCUAAACCAAGUGCAAGCCGCAUUCAACGAUGCUCUUGGAAUCACUCCUAACUUGGGCGUGAAAACGUAUGAACAAUUGAGAAUGGCUGUGGAAGGUGUUUGGGCAAGAACAGGGAUCCCUGGUCUCUCAUCGGUUUGCAAUGCUUUCAAAGGCAUUAAAGUUGGCUUCAAUAAAAUGGAAGAUUAUGAGGCUUGUUUCUUCGGUCCAGUUGGUUUAGUGGCCACGCAAAACGGCACAGCUACUGGAAUCACAAUGGCUCAAGCAAUCGGCUAUCAAAAACUGAUGAAUCAGUUCGAUUUCGCUUGUGGAGCAGGAUUUUCAGUUUUUGCUAAUGUUGACGUCUGUGCGGCGGGGAUUUUCGGCUCAAACGCUACAAAAACUCAAUUGAAUCAAUGUCAAAGCGAUUUCGCUUCAAAUGUCGCCAAUGAUCCGACAAAUGUGUGCACAUACGCAGCAACAGCUGCUUUAUGCUAUCAAACAACGUUCAUGAGUUGUGGUCGAUCUGCUGGUUGGUGGGGUUGUGAGUACGAGAGAAUGGGAACGGCCACCUAUUACCCGCAUUGUACGCAGAAUUUUUGCACACUCAACCCAGUGCAA